CCCACGACACCAUCUCGUCACAAUCGAUCCGAUUUAUGGGGGCGAAAUGGAUUCAGGCGAUACCCAAUAUGUCUUCAAAGAGACACGAGUAAACCUCGACCCUCCAACGACGUCCUCUGUUGUUACGAUCCGAGUACCCUCAAACUCGAUACAUGGCCGAAAUCAUCGCAAAGCGACAGGAGAGAACAGUUUGGAGGAUGAGACGUCGUUUCGAGUGAAGAACUUGGCCAGUUCUUCAUCCAUCUACCACCGAAUUUGGCACGACACACCGCGUAGUUUCCUCUGGCGAAUUCUCGAGGACGGUACACUACUCAGCAUUCGGGCUGUCGAUGUUUGCAAGAAAACACAAGCCGCCGAGUUUCCUCUGUCCCUGAACUUUCACUUUUCCGUCCCAAUUCAGCCAGGAUGUGUGGCAUUCUCGGACCACGAAGAACACGACUCGCUUUGUGUUUUUGUUCUUGAUCAGGCAUACCAACUAUACAGCUUCCAUCUUCGACCGGAUCUGUUCAGAAAAAGAUCGGCCAUCGAUGCUGGGCUUUCUGAUUUGGGCAAGGUCCAGGCGCCAGCGGGAUUGGGUUUCAAGCAUCCACACCGUAUGGUUGCUGUGAACGCGGAGACACUACUAGUGACGGUGAACGAUGGAGGAAUGAUCAGGCUGGAUAAAACCAAGGCAAAUGAUCUAUCAUCGAACGUCUGGAAGGAAUCGUUCUUCAACGUGCAGGGAUGGGCGCAGAACCUCCGAAGCCUUCUUCCCUUCCAGGGAAAGCACACAAUCAAGCACGGCAAGACCAACAUGGAGUACAGCUCGGCCACAUCGAUUCAAGUCACCAGCCUUGGAUUAGAGGACUGUCUCUUCGCCAUCACCGUCUGUCUCGACCACAGAAUGCGAAUUUGGAACAUUAACGAUGGCCAGAUUCUGUACACAAGCGAUAUCCUUAACGCCGAGAGGAACCCCCAGGAGAUUGGUAAAUGGGCUAUUGACCCAUCACAAGCAAAUCUUGUGCAGAUUGUAGGCCGGAAUCGUGGCAGUAGGGUUUGCGCAACGUUCUCGCCCAUCGGCGCUGGAGAGUUCAAGUUCUGGAAGAUCACAGCAAAGGAUGCGUCCAGCGUCGUCGUUGAGGACAUCUUCCCAAAGAACUCAUUGAUCCCGGUCACGCCAUCUUCUUCCGACGUAUGGACCCUCGCAGACUUUGUUCUAUCCUGCCCCGCCGAGAGUGCUAUCCAACUUUGGACCCUAUGGAAGAACAACAUGACAUACAGGGUGCAGAGGCUUGAAGUGGAUCGCAAGAAUAUCUCACAGAGCUGGCAGGAUAACUGGGAUGGCGUUUAUGCAGACAACUUGAUCCAGGCCGCCGAUGGGUCUGGCCCUUCCGAUCCAACAGAUGUCACCGAGAAAUGGCUUCAACUCAUUUUGAAGCCCGGUCAAUUUACGAAAUCGACCCUCGAGGCAGCAUUGUCUAUCUAUGAGCGAGGCUUUGGAAAAUCAAAAGAGGUUGGAAAGGGUCGAGGGCUCGCCGAGGCGAUCUGCUCGAUAUUGGGAUCAACUGCAACACUAGAUCGGGGUUCUUCGGGCACGAUGGAAUACGAAACCUUUCGCGCGUCGAGUGAGGCUCAGUGGUUGAGGUUCUACCGUCUAUUGCUCGAAUUGGAUAAGCAACGAGGAGAAGCACUUGGACUAACCCUUGACCCUCACACAGGCCUGGCUUGGGUUGUCUGCGCCGACUUUCUUUCAGCCAUCCGGGAAUGCAGUAGCCUGGAGCGACUGUACUAUAACUUAUCCUCGCCCGAACAAGACCAGCUGACUCAAGCGGCCCUGAUCGGAUCGGGCUUGACAUUUGUGGAAGGAUUCCCAGAAUAUUUGAUGCAAUCUUGCCAGGCCACACUCCGACCUGAGCUGUUCGAAGAUUCAUCCAAGACUGAUCUCGAACGUAUUCAGUAUUUCUCCGACAAGUCUGGCUUCUGGCGGGGAAUUACUGAUGAGGACUGCAACCAAGUUGUCGAUGUCCUCGGUCAAAACUUCAGCACAGUAACGGACGACCUUUACACUGAGGUAAUGAACCUCAUUUCUGCACCUGAAGAGGCCAAAACACGUAAUCUGCGCCAGCCUCUCACUGACUUUGGAAAGAAGCUGGUUGUGAAAGCUGUCCAAGAUAGUAUUGAGCUGCAGUGGAGGGUGUACUUCAGCCAGUUGAUUCUUCUAGUCCACAUGGAAUUCGAGUUCGACAAUGAGGCGGAUAUCCUUCAUAACCGAGUUGACGUUGGCAAUGUCUUUAGACAGCUUAUUGCGGCUCUACGACGAUUGGAGCUGUUGAAGUGGCUCGCCCAGACCGAACUCACAUUGCCCAGCAUCCGAGAAAAGAGCGAGAACGGCACCGUUUCGAGAAAAACUGUUGAAGAUGCGCAGUGCGUAACAGCACUGGAAGCGAAUGUUGGUCACCUACUUGGCUUCGCUGACAAGGGUGUACCCCUUGCUACUGACAUUACUGACCUGGUCAUCAACCUGUGUGCUCCCGAUAGCGAUAUCGAGGUUUCCCCGUCAUUGAUCCAGUGCUUUCUCAUCAAGCGGGAGAGGGCUGAUCUGGCUCUGGAUAUUGCGCCUUUCUGCGACCAAAAUCCUUUCUCAACAUACGUUCAAGGUCGCCUGCAGCUGGCCUUGAAGGACUUUAAUACCGCUGCUAUUUAUUUCAGAAAGGCAGCCAUUGGGAUGAGUGAGUCAACCACUGGUGCUGCGUUGAUAUCAGCUAACGAUUUCUCAGGCACGGAAAACCUCGAAAGUGAUCGCCAUAGCAGCGGUUUGCUUGAUGAUACUGAGUGGAAUCUGCUCAACCACGGCCCUGCAAAGUACUAUUCGCACAUCGUCGCCUUGUUCGAGAAGCAAAAGGCUUACUCUUACGUGAUCGAGUUCGCUCGGCUCGCUAUGCAAUUUCUUGGCUCAAAGCAAGAUGCCAUGUUCACUAAGACUGACAUGCAAAGCCGCUUGUUCAAUGCUGCAGUCGCGACGUCUCAGUUUGAGCUCGCCCACACAACGCUUGUGUCAAUCAAGGAUCAGGCAAUGAAGAUCUCAAACCUGCGUAAGCUGGUCGACAGGAUGUGUGCAACUUAUCACAACAUCGAGCUUGUGUCUAUGCCAUUCCCUGGUCUGCAACAGGAAGUCGAUGACAUCUUGUCACAGAAGACAAAGGCGACACUAGACGUUAUAGAAGGAUUCCCCUACCACCAGGUUCUCUACUCAUGGCGAAUCAAGCACAACAACUACCGCGGCGCUGCAUCCGUCGUACUGGACCGAAUUCACAAGCUACGAAGCGCUGGAGAAGGCGAUGAGGCCACAGGAGAGGACAUCCUUGAUACUCCGGUGACCAGACAGUAUCUCCUGCUCAUCAACGCCCUCAGCUGUGUAGAUUCCAAGCAGGCUUGGAUUUAUGAUGAAGCCCCAGCUGGCUAUGGCCAGAAAGAUGCAGUGAAGCGUAAUGUGGUUUCACUGGCGGAUAUCAGGAAGCAGUAUCAGGAUGAGCUGGAUCGAAUCACGGCGAUUCACAACAACCAGUUCGGCUUUGAGGCGGACGACGUUAUGGAAAUUUCAUGA